GAUGAGCUACAGUCUUAUGAUACUUCAACUCCCGACUGGGACGAUAGUCCAGUGUGGGCAUUUCGUCGAAAGAGACGGUCAUCUAUAUGGUGGCCAUGGUCACCAGGCGGUCAAGAUGCUUACCAAAUAUUUGAUAAUGCUGGUGUUGUUGUACUGACCGAUACAACUGUCUACAAAGAUGAGCACCUACACCGUUAUUUUGGAGGAGGAUGUGCAGAUUGUGGUGAUAAUCUAUUUAGCGAUUUGGUAGCCAUUCAAUCUAAAGAAAGGGAUGGUGAAAGUCCUCCUGCUCCUGGUGAGCUGCUAGAGCCUGAACGAGUGAGGACGUUUUUUCCUGAGACGUGGUUAUGGACAGACGCAGUUACUGGGCCUGAUGGAACGGCUGUAUUUGCGAGUAAGGUCCCUGAUACGAUUACUACAUGGGUGGCAAGCGCAUUUGCAGUCAAUAACGUGACCGGAUUGGGUGUACCAGCGAACACAGCAGAGUUACGAGCAUUCCAACCAUUUUUUGUCUCGCUCAAUCUUCCAUAUUCUGUUCGACGAGGAGAACAGUUGGGUCUCAAAGUUACUGUUUUCAACUACCAGAAUUUCACAAUCGAAGAUGUUGUUGUGGAGCUGGAGGAGAAUGACGAUCUACUUCCAGUGUCGUAUGACGUAUUCACGAAUGAAGUGGAGCCGGUUAACAGUCCGGAACGCUUUGGCUUGUCUCAACGUGUUACUGUUACUGGCAACAAUGGAACUACCGUAGUCUUUGCUGUAAAACCGAGGACAGUUGGUCGGAUAUUAAUACGAGUGAAAGCCACUUCAAGAGUGGCGGCUGAUGCUGUAGAACGUCAGUUGCUGGUUGUGCCGGAAGGUCGAGCUGUAGACUACACUCACAAUGUCUUCAUUCAACUUGAUGAAUCUGACUCCAGCCAGACACAGUCUCUUGCUUUGACAUUGCCAUCAGAUGUUGUAGCAGACUCAGGAAAAGCAAUCGUUUCUAUAAUAGGUGAUCUUAUGGGUCCAACACUGAACAAUCUUGAGAGGCUGGUUCGCAUGCCAUACGGUUGUGGUGAACAGAAUGCUGCUAGUACUGCACCGAAUAUUUUUGUACGAGAGUAUCUCGAUGCGACUGGACAGCUGACGUUUGAUUUGAAGGAGAAAACGAACAAAUACAUGACAACAGGGUACCAACGUGAAUUGAACUACAAACAUAAUGAUGGUUCAUACAGUGCCUGGGGUGGAGAAGAUGACAGAGGCAGUCUCUGGCUAACCGCAUUCGUCAUGAAACUGUAUUCUCUCGCAUCAUAUUACGUCACCAUUGAUCCAAACCAAGUAGAAACGUCAACCCAUUGGAUAGCACGACAGCAGCUUCCUAGUGGUAGCUUUCCUGUCGUUGGAAAACUUCACAGCAGCUACAUUAGUGGUGGUUUGGAUGGAGUCACAGCUAACACAGCGUUUGUUCUAAUUUCACUAUUUGAAGCUAGAAAGGCUUUCCCUGUUGCUGUGCCGUCGAGUGUUAGCAGUGCGAUCACUAAGGCUCAAGACCAUUUGGAACGCAAAUUGUUGACGGCAUCUGAUCCGUACACGAUUUGCAUCAUGUCUUAUGCGCUUGCUCUUACUGGAAGUUCAAUGACAACUGAAGCUAUCAAAAAGCUGAAUUCGAUUGCAAUAACAGAUGGUAAAUUGAAGCACUGGAGCAAUGCCGAAGUCUCAGCAAAUAGUGACGACUUCUUCUACUAUCCCUAUCAUGCUCGUUCUGCCGAGAUCGAGAUGACCGGUUAUGCUCUGCUGGCAAUCACUAACACCGGCGACAUUUCUGGCGCUCUGCCUGUUGCCAGGUGGCUGAGCAAACAACGAAAUUCACUCGGAGGAUGGUCUUCCACACAGGACACGUGCGUUGCUCUGCAAGCUUUGUCUGCAUAUGCGUCCGCAUUGAGACGAGGAUCUGGCACUCUUGACAUUUUGCUUACAUCCGACGUCGAGAACGAUUUCUCUCAUUCGGUCAGAGUUGACAACGACAAUGCUCUAGUGCUUCAGCAAGCAGAGGUCCCUGUUGGUGGUGAUCUACACAUGCGUGUGAAUGGAUCAGGGACGGCACUUUUGCAGGCUACGGUGUCAUACAACGUUCCUGCUCAUAGUAGCUCUGUACCGGCCUACCAACUGAUUGUGGAUGUAACAGAGAAGAACGGGGGUAACACGAUUGAGAUUACACUCUGCUCGACGUAUAAGAAGACUGGAGACUCUGGUAUGGUUGUUGUUUCGUCGAUUCUUCCAUCCGGGUUUCGAGUCGAUAACUCUGCAAUGGACACGUACUUGAAUCUGGAUCGUGAUGUGAAGAGGUAUGAUGUCAGUGAUAACCAAGUUGAUCUCUAUCUCAACCAGCUUGUGUAUAACAGCAGGAAAUGUGUACAAGUGACGGCCAAUCGCGAGUACGAUGUUGGAAACGUGCAACCGGUACCUGCUGAAGUUUACAGCUAUUACGAACCAGAUCUCGACAAGGAAUCAGUUCUGUAUGCUCCAUCCAGUAUGGUUGGUUUGACUGUGUGUGAGCUGUGUCUAUGCAACGAAUACUGUGCUGGAUGUGGUAACUACAACAAGACGAUCGGCUGUCCUAAAUAUGAAUUUACUGGCUCAGGCACUCCGGCUAUUAUGAGUUAUAGCCUUGGGGUUAUCACUCUGACAGCCUUCAUGUCAUGGCUACUUUCUUGAAGUAAACUCAUGUAUCUGUAAAGUGCACUAGACAGUAUGAACUUAGGUAGAUGCACUUGUGUGUUAGUGUUUAAUGGAUCAGGGUAUAGCUGCAGGUUUAUGUUUGACGACAUGACUCUGUAGGUCGGAGGAGACAUUAAUUAGUGGACACUUGAGUCAAUAGUUGUGGAAUGCUUUGAAGCUGUUUUUACUUAGUCAACGAUAUGAAUGAUUAUAGAAUUGUAUUAUAUGCAUUGCUUACAACAGG